UGCCCUUGGUUAUGCAGGGCUCCGAGCUGCCCAUGCAGCGGGGCGGGGCCUCACGGCGGCGUGGUCUCGCCUUGUCCCGCCCCACGCGGGUGCUGGGGAAGCGGCGGCGCGCAUGCGCAUUCGGCGAGUGGUGGUGGUGGUGCGUUCGCCGCCGCGGUCGUUGCGUCGCGCGGAAUCUGCGCGCCCGGUUCCCCCCAUGGCCAAGCGGCGCGCGGAACCGCUGGUCUGUUACGCGCCCUUCAAGCGGCUCCUGCGGGAGCCGCCGCUCCGCAGCGCCCUGUCCGAGCGCCGCCCGCGGAACGAGGCAGCGGGCGCCGGCUCCGCCGCCAAGCGGAAGCUGGAGGAGGCCGAGGCGCCUCCGGGAAAGCGUCCCGGGCUGCGGGGCGGCAGUCCACGCGGCGAGCAGGGCGACGCGGCAGGCAGGCGACGGCGGCGGAGCGAGCCCGCGGCGUCACAGAACGAGCGGACGGCGGAAGGAAGCGACGGCAGGCGGGGCGAGGAACCGGCAGCCGCCCCGCAAGAAGAAUUCAAUCAGUAUAACUCAUUCUUUUAUUGGAGAGCACCACUGCCUACAAUUGAUUUAUCUGAUAUUCAGAGCCUGCAUGAAGAGACUACAUCUGCCAAUAAGACUCCUUCAAGGACUGAUACCAUGGAGACUGAGAUGGAGACCUGAUCAGUUGUUUCAUAGUUGUACAUCUACUCACAGGAAGCUCAUUUCUGUUCGGAUUCAGUUUUUCCUGUGUGGGAGAAAAAUCAACAUGCUUCAAUUUUCACGAAGAAACAGUGUUAUAUCAAUCUGAAAAGGCAAAUCAGAGCUGUCAGGUUGGUGGAAUCAUCACUAUUAGGUACUUUUAGCUAGCUGGAGAUGUGAACUUACUGAUUCUGUGUGAAGGAGGCUGUGAUUGUCUGGCAUGAAGGCCUGAAUUCAUGAAAGCAAGGUAGAAAAAAAUGACAGAAAAUUAGUUAACUUCUGGAUGUAGUUUAAGAAACAGUUGGAUAAGUUACACGUGGAAAACAAUUUAGGCUGUUCUGAACAAAACGUGUAACUAUUGUACCAGAAUAUGAAAUUCUUUAUCAUAAAGCACAGAAACUAGUAUUUUUUAGUGGGUUUGGUUUUUGUGGGUUUUUUUUUUCGGUGUAAUAGCUAAGCCAAAAGAAAAUGUAUGUCCACCAAAACCAGACAAAACAUUCCCUUUUCUAUGCAAACCAAAAAUGAGUGUUUUGGGGAUGGGAAGGGAAAAGGGGGGAUCUAUUUUAUAUGCUGCCGGUGUUCUAAAUGAUUACAGUCUUCUUGUGAUCAUGCAAAGCAGCUUGCUUUUAGAUUUUAUUUUUUUUUUUCAUCUGUUCUUAAGUUAAUGAUUUUCUUACUCUUUGUGAAAUUGAACUACUUGGUAAUGUGGAAAUAGCAGCUGUGUGUGGGGUCAUGAAAGGUUAAUACAGUAUGAAUUGUGUACCUAGUUGACUGAGGUUUAGUUUUUUUGCAGAUGAUGUGGAUGUUGAAAAGACUUUCUUUUACAGAAGUUCAGUUAUUUAGUGGGUUUUAUUGUCUUGUUUGCUGUGAAAUAUGAUUGUAAUGUGCUUUUUUGUAAUUUAUUUACAAGUUAAAAGUACAAUUAGAAAUAUGUGUCUUCAGUAAUAGGUUGAAAUUUUAAGUUGUAUUGGUGGCUUGUCAGGCUUGCGAAUGUGACUUGUUUUUAGGUGAGUUUGUCAUAUUUUUGCUGGAAUCAUCUUAAAAUAAGGAGAAUUCUUUUUACUAAUGUGUUUGUUAAUGGUCAAUAAAAUUUUACCUGUGCGCGUUUGAAAGCCUUGGGACUAUUACUGUUUGAAGCUCCUGACUUUUCUUACGAUUACUUCUGUAACUUGGUUGUUUUAUUUAUUAAGUGUCUUUAUUUAAAAAGAGGCAACUUGUCCACCUUCUUAGUGAACAUUUCAAGACUUUUUUUUCAGUGUUUGUACUGUAAAAUGUUUUUAUUGUCAGGGUCCCCUGGUGCCUGCAGAAGAUGCUUACUAAAUUGGGCGUUUCAUGGUGCUUGUUCAGAUGUGCUUCUAAUUGCUGUCACAUCAGCGAGAUACAUGUUUAAAACAAUAUUCAUAUUAAGCAUGCAUUUUAAUGUUACAUUAAGUCCAAAUCUAGUUCUCUUAGGAAAUGCUUUGAAAAUGUCUUUACCAACCUACUAGAUUUCUGUCAAGAAUACAACCAUUAUUGUUUACUAUAACCAAAGUAAAUUAGAAAGGAAAUAAAUUUGUGGAUUUUUUUGUUU